AUGGCCCGGGCCCGCGGCCAGGCCCCGGGGGGCGGCGGGCGGCGGCGGCCGCGGCGGGGCGGCGCGGGGGCCGGGCCCCGGGGGGAGUCGGCCGGGCUGCUGCUGCUGCUGCUCCAGGUGCUGCCGCCCGGGGCCGCGGCGGGGCCGGGGCGCCGGGGCGCGCGGGGCGCCGGCGGCGGCGGCGUCUGCUGGCCCGGCGCGGCCCCUGCCUUUCCCCGGGACGCGCGGCUGCUGCUGCUCCUGGCGCCGCCGCGCGCGAGCCCCGCGCCCGCCGCCUCCGCCUCCCGGAUGGACGCUCUGCCCCGCGGCGGGCUGAACCUGAAGGAGGAGCCGCUGCUGCCCGCCGGCCUGGGCUCCGUGCGCUCCUGGAUGCAGGGCGCCGGCAUCCUGGACGCCAGCACCGCCGCGCAGAGUGGUGUGGGCCUGGCACGAGCACAUUUUGAGAAGCAGCCACCCUCCAACCUCAGGAAGUCCAAUUUCUUCCACUUCGUGCUGGCCAUGUACGACCGGCAGGGGCAGCCGGUGGAGGUGGAGCGCACGGCCUUCAUCGACUUCGUGGAAAAGGACCGAGAGCCUGGGGCCGAAAAGACGAACAACGGGAUCCAUUACCGCCUCCGGCUAGUAUAUAACAAUGGACUUCGGACAGAGCAGGACCUUUACGUGCGCCUCAUAGAUUCCAUGUCCAAGCAGGCCAUCAUCUAUGAGGGGCAGGACAAGAACCCCGAAAUGUGCCGCGUGCUGCUCACCCAUGAGAUCAUGUGCAGUCGGUGCUGUGACCGGAAGAGCUGUGGCAACCGGAAUGAGACGCCCUCAGACCCCGUCAUUAUUGACAGGUUCUUCCUCAAGUUCUUCCUCAAAUGCAACCAGAAUUGCCUAAAGAAUGCUGGGAAUCCCCGAGACAUGCGCCGCUUCCAGGUGGUGGUGUCCACAACGGUGAGCGUGGACGGACACGUGCUGGCCGUGUCCGACAACAUGUUUGUGCACAACAACUCCAAGCAUGGCCGCAGGGCGCGCCGCCUGGACCCCUCAGAAGCUGCCACCCCCUGCAUCAAGGCCAUCAGUCCCGGGGAGGGCUGGACCACGGGCGGCGCCACCGUCAUUGUCAUCGGAGACAACUUCUUCGACGGGUUGCAGGUCGUGUUCGGGAACGUACUCGUGUGGAGCGAGCUCAUCACGCCCCAUGCCAUCCGGGUGCAGACGCCCCCGAGGCACAUCCCUGGGGUGGUGGAGGUGACCCUCUCCUACAAGUCCAAGCAAUUUUGCAAAGGAGCCCCCGGCCGCUUUGUCUACACAGCCCUGAAUGAGCCCACUAUUGACUACGGAUUCCAGAGACUACAGAAAGUCAUUCCCAGACACCCCGGAGAUCCCGAGAGGCUACCCAAGGAGGUGCUGUUGAAGCGGGCGGCCGACUUGGCGGAGGCUCUGUACGGAGUGCCCAGCAGUAACCAGGAGCUGCUCCUGAAGCGGGCUGCGGACGUGGCCGAGGCUCUGUACAGCGCCCCCCGCGCGCCCGCGCCGCUCGGCUCCCUGGCCCCGAGCCACCCGCACCCCGCCGUGGUGGGCAUCAACGCCUUCAGCAGCCCGCUGGCCAUCGCCGUCGGGGACGCCACGCCGGGCCCGGAGCCGGGCUACGCGCGCAGCUGCAGCAGCGCGUCGCCCCGCGGGUUCGCGCCCAGCCCCGGGUCGCAGCAGAGCAGCUACGGCAGCGGCCUCGGCGCCGGCCUCGGCGGUUACGGGGCGCCAGGCGUGGCCGGCCUCGGCGUGCCCGGGUCUCCGAGCUUCCUCAAUGGCUCCACGGCCACCUCGCCCUUCGCCAUCAUGCCCUCUAGCCCCCCGCUGGCCGCUGCCUCCUCCAUGUCCCUCCCGGCCGCUGCCCCCACCACCAGCGUCUUCUCCUUCUCGCCUGUCAACAUGAUCUCCGCUGUCAAACAGAGGAGCGCCUUCGCCCCCGUGCUGCGCCCACCCAGCUCCCCACCCCAGGCCUGCCCCAGAGCCCACGGAGAGGGGCUUCCAGACCAGCCUUUUGAGGAUUCUGACAAGUUCCACUCUCCAGCCCGGGGGCUUCAGGGUCUGGCGUACUCCUAAUGCCGGU